GAAAGAAAGAGAUGAUGUACAGUGUCUAGAGAGUAACAGGAAGUGUUUACUCUGAUGCUACAGACCUCUAAGGGAGUGAGACAAUUCAACGGACUGUUAAACAAGUUCAGAAGGGGCACAGCAUGGUAACUGUCCCUCUGUCUGCUCCCCUUGUUGGGGGUCAGAGGGGAAGUGGCUCCAAAUUUCAACAACCGCAAAGAUACUUUCUUCAGAAAUACCUCCAGUGUCCGGUCUGAAUGUAGCUCUUCCCACUCCGCUCGAGCCCGACACACAGGGCUUAGAGAAUCCUGCGCAAUAUAUCUCUGCUUAAAAUGCUUCCUCUCCUGCAUACAUCUGUCAGAUAAUCGGUAACCACUAUUACUUUGCCUCUCUGUAUGACCGUGGCAGGAGGAUCCCUCUGUACUCUACCUAUGAAAUGGAUAUCAAAGGGGUCCCUGGCAGAGAGGGGUCCAUAGUUUAUUAUAAACCACAGCUUGUGCAUCCUGACCUACCACCACAGCAAAUGGAUAAGAUAGGAUCAUCCGGUGAGAUCAAGAAAUACAACCAAAACAAUGGCUGCAGUGAACGCUCUCCACAAUACCAACGGAAAUACAAGCUGGGCUGGAGUCAGGCUCUCGAUGACAACUUUGGCUUGUACGACCGCGGGCACCUAAACCCCGCAGGACACCAUAAAGAAGAUGCCUCCAAAGUCACCAUGACCCAUACCAACGUAGCUCCGCAAGACAGGAGGAUGAACAACGGGCCAUGGAACCGGUAUGAGACGAGGCUGAAGGAUGUUUUGAGUGCAGGUUGUAGUAAGAUGUAUGUGGUGACAGGGGUGGUCCCAAGCAGCACAUGGGUAGACCAGAACCAGCGAGUCAAUGUUCCGAGUCACUACUGGAAUGCCUACUGCUGCACCGACAACAACGACAAACCUCUCAAUUCUGGAGGUUCCUUGGGUCCUAACACAGCUCAGGGUGUUGUUACAGAGUAUACCUCUGUUACAGUCCUUGAGACUGAGCUUAGAGGGCUACUGAAUGUUGACAACAAUUUCAACAUUUUUAAUGGCUGUUAGUCCAAUAUAGAUGUGGACAUGUCUUAUAUAUCUGGUAUGAUUGUUUUGGAUUUUGAAUGAAUGCUUAGGCUAUGAUGUUUGUUGUUACUAUUUAGUAUAGGCCUACUGUAUAAUGACGUUUAUGAACCUAUAGAUUAUAUUGAUGUAGGCCAGUGGCCAGAUGUUUCACAAUUUAGCUCACCUGAUUCACCUAUUCAACGGCUUGUUUAUUAGUCGAGACAGGUGUGCUAACUGUGGAAUAGUUAAUAUACAAGGAAUGGCUGGGGGUCCCUGAGAAGAGGUUGAAAACCCCUGAUUUAGGCGACAUCAAUAUUUUAAACAAAUCCCUGACCAUAAAUAUUAUCCUAUUGAUCAAAUUUGUGCCUAAAAUGUAUUACAAUUUAAAAACGUGACCUUAGUAAUAAUUAUUCGUAAAGCGUAUCUUUGAUUGUUUGGUCACACAGAAUUACGCUAUCAACUCUUUGUAAAUGCUUGUUGCUAUGAAUCUUUCACCCAAUAAAGCUUGAUUUGCAAAGCAAAUUGUGGAAGGAGGAAAUGUAUACAUAGACAUAAAUAUGGAAAUAUUUUUCACAUAGUGUUCGUGAACCGCUUGGUACUUUAUGUCAAAAGACAUCGGAUGAAGGCAGCAAAACUGUGGGUGGAGAUUGGGUCACUGUACACUUUAGUGGUCGAUAAAGUGCAUAAACUGGGAAGGAGAAUAACAGGGUUUCCCAAACUCGGUCCUAACCCCCCGGGUGCACAUUUAGUUUUUUUGCCAUCACACUACACAGUGGAUUCAUAAUCAUCAAAGCUUAAGGUCAAAGGUUAUUUCAACCAGCUGUGUAGUGCUAGGGUAAAAAACAAAACGUGCACCCAGGACCAGGUUUGGGAAACCCUGGAGUAUAAAAGGGCUACAUAUCGGGCCACGAUCAGUAUGCAAAUGUUGUGGAACGUUGCAGACAGAAAUGCCAUAGCAUCACAGGAUGAGGGGAGGACGGCUCAUAAUGGCUGGAAUGCGGUAAAUGGAAUGGUAUCAAACGCAUUAAAACCAUGUAUUUGAUGUGUUCGAUAGCAUUCCAUUAAUUCCGUUCCCGCCAUUACUAUGAGCCCGUCCUCCCCAGUUAAGGUAUCACUGGUCGACUGUGUCAUAGAUAGAGAUGCCUCGAUUCAUGACUCAGUUGAACAACUCAGUCGAUUCUAUUUCAUUCCCAUCUACUGUAAUAAAAACGAAAACUGAUUAGUAAAAUGUGUAUUGCAUAUUGUUGCUCUAUGCAGUGCCAUUGUUACACAACUCUUAUCUGUCUAACUUCCAGAGUCUGACUCUGUAUGUUUGUUCAUUACAUUUUGAUUAAUUGUAUCAGGAAAAACAUUGCCAACCCAAACUACGGUAUGAGGGGGAAAAAAGGAUACCUUUUUUUUGUUAUUUCCUCCUCCAGUCAGGAGAUUGAUUGUACAUUUAUUUUGCACCACUUGCGCACGCGACGCGGGCGGUGUGGUCAGCAUGUUAGGCAAAGGUAAUGGACAUGGUUCCUAAUGCAGUGGAUGAGCAGUACACUCAGUGUCGGGAGCAGAUGCUGAAGAAGGUUGUGGAAGGGGGUCUGCUGGAAGAAGAACUGAAAGGCAGUAUAGAGUAUAGUGACGCCUGGGGGGCAAAGCAGUGUCCGAAGUUAAUCCCGGGAGGCGUCAAGCAACACACGGCUGCAUUGGUGGCUUAUGGACAUGGGGGACACGUGUUCAGAAAGAUUUUCAACAAUGCAGUGGAGACUCAGGGUGGGAAUGUCAAUGUCUAUAACGGCGACUUCCGGUUCAAAUCCCUCCACUUCCUGCUAAUGGAUGCCAUGAGGCUUCUGAAGACAGAGAAGUGCCAAACUGUGUUUUAUGGCACAAACCAAGUGUAUGAGGCAGAAGUAGGGUCAGAAGUGCGAUUUGGGAGGUUUACCACAACCAGGGCCAAACGUUCCGAUUCGGAGGAAUCUGCUACAGACAAUGGGAUUCUUUUCAAUGUCACUUCCUGCCCUGUACUCAACAUUGCUGAGUACACUUGCUUCUCAGACAGCAUUGAUCAGCUGCUAUCCCCAGCAGAGGUGUUUAGGGUGGCUGAGGUAAAGAAUGUAAUAAAUAAAGAUCACGAGUACAGAGAUAUCGUUUUGACAAGUUCAAGGACUCACAGCAUUGACAGCAUCCGCGACUGUUACCUCUUUCCCAGAUCUCCUACAAGUACGAGUCCUCCAUCAAUCAUCCCCAAAGGCUCCUCUACUCAAUGGCUUGGCUGUAGCCUCUCUGUUCUUGUGGUUGUAUCUUUGUAUCUCUCUCUAUCUCCCUGAUCACCAGGACUGAUCAUCUCUGAUAAACUAAAGUGUUGAAUGCUAAUAGAUGUGGUAAAGAAAUCAAUGGAACGCAGACCGUGGGGGAUAGAAGGACGCACAUUCAACAAAUCUGAUCUAACAAUAUAGAUAUUUGAUGUAUUGCAACAUGCCUACAAUGUGGUUACUAAAGUCUGAUUUGGAUAUAUUUGUCUGUUUUCGUUGCAUAACAUUUAGAAAUAGUCCCUUUUCAGGUUUAGUAGAAGUGACUGCUAAAGGCUAACUCCCAUUCAUAUAGACUGGUAGCAUAGCUAGCAUAGAGAAAUCGAUGGUGGUAGUCAGUCGGUUUUAACUGUAAUGCAGUUUCUUGGUGAUGAUAACAACUUGUAUACGGGUUGACACCCAUAUCAGCAUUAUUCUCAGAUUUUUACCUCAACAUAGUGUGAAACACAUAAACAAUAGCCUAAAUGUAGGCUAAUUUUGCUGGUGGCCAUUGAGGAGAUUCUGGAUCUUUUCCCCACGGCAUUAUUCCCCCCAUGCGUUUCCAUGGCAUUUCCAUUGUCUUGGUUGAGUUCCAUGGGCCUUUUUACCAUUCUUAGCACUAGCCUUUAGGUCUUAGUUACAAGGUGUUUGCACUGACUCAAUCACAGCUGAAGCCACACAUGUUUUGGCUAAUAUUUCAUCCUUAUCCUGGAACCUGCAUGUUGUGCAGGCUUUUGUUCCAGCCCAGCACCAGCUCACUGGAUACAACUAAUCAACCGAUCAUAAAGCCCUUGAUUAGUUGAAUCAGAUGUUUUAGUACUGGACUGGAACUAAAACCUGCACACACUGUGUGACUUGGACCAGAAUUGAAGAACAAUUCAUUUGAGUGUUGCCUCAUUGAAGCACAUGGGCGUUUCUGCAAAGAAGAGUUGAGGUCAAGCCUGCCUUACAACUGUGGUGCAAAUAUCAAUACGCAGAGGUCCUGGCAUAACUGACGUAACUUACACUGUUCUAAGAAGUUUCUUUAAUUGUAUAACUGACGUAACUGACUGUUCUGUGAAUUAUGGUUUCAAGUUGUUCACCCCUUUUUUUCUAAUAAAUGUGCCAGCCACUUGCUGGUUUUAACUAUGCUACUCUGUAUUAUCUGUCAUCAAUACUCUCCUCUAUGCCACACUCUGCUGCCUGCUAUAUAAGAUAAACAAAGAAUGAUCCACAAGCCAUAUUACUAUACCCACAUUCACUGAGUGUACAUAAACAACCAAUGGCACCGGAGGGUAGGGCUGCCGUCUUAUCGGCUCUCAACCAAUCAUGCUAUUUUGUUUGUUUUUUCGCGUUAUUUGUAAC